AUGGCCUCUUCGUUUCUCAACUUCCGCCUCGAUGGUCCGUCGACCGCGCCCACGCCGCCGUUGCAAGUCCACCCGGACUAUGCCUUCCCGCCGCCUCCGGGCCCCGUCCCGCCGCCUGUCGAUGGCAGUAAUUUGAAUAUCCAACUUGAGGGAAUGCCGCGAAACUCCGGCACGGGUUCGCGCGGCAACGGUCGUGGCCCGUACGGGUCUGGCGACAUGGACGACGGCUAUACGCUCGUGUUUGAGAACAUGGAGGCGUUCCAGGCCUGGCGGAGCAAGGAGGAAGACGACAAUGUCGUCGAGUUCGUCAAAGGUGAUACUCAUGGCUCGAAAGCGGUCCCGCCAAGAUUCAAGGAGCAUGUGAAGCUGGUGUGCGCGCGGCACUGUCGGACGGGCCGCAAGAAGUACGUGAAGAAGUAUCCGGAGCGUGUGCGGAAGGUGCCGAGCCGGAAGCUGGAGGGGACGGGCUGCGGGGCGAGCAUCAGCUACAAGACGUACCACCACACCGACGAGAUUCGCGUCUGCUACCUUUCCCAGCACAGUCACGAAAUCGGCCCGGCGAACCUGCCAUACACUCGCAAGGGUCGCAAGGAGGCCGCCACUCGCAAACCCGCAAACGGCAUCCCACUUCCCCCAGAGCUCGGCAUCCCGCCCUCCCACUCGCCCAACGACCAGCACAGCGCACCGCCUUCCACAACCAUCUCCCCCGUGCCGCCAUCCUCGGCGACCAUCACGCCCAGUCCAAGCGCACCGCCCCUCGCCGAACAACCGCCGAUGCCUAUGUUCCCCGCAGCAUAUCCGCACUUUCCGUCCAUGUCCAUGCCACCCCCUCCCGGCCUGGGCGGAGCUGCACCUCCCCCACCCCCGCCUGGUAUACCCAUGCCUCACGCGGCGCUACCUCCCGGGGAGAGGGAACGGCUCGAACGCGAGCGUUGGGAGCGGAACGGCGUCAUGUUCGACCACAUCCGUGCACUGGGACGCACCGGCUUUCCGUUCAAUCCUCUCAUCAUCGCCGCUUUGGAGACGACGCUCGUGAAUCUGACCAACGAGCUCAUGAACCCGCAAGUGCAGGGAUACUUGGUACAACAGGGUCUCAUCCCGCCUCCUCCGGGCAUGCCUCCUCCGAUCAUCCAACAACAACCACAGCAGCAUGUGCAUGGCCAACCGCUUCCAGAUCAUCUAUCGGACGAGGAGGGAGCUGGUGGGAGUGGCGACGAAGACGCCGAAACGUAG